AUGUCGGAAAUAGAGAUGGAUAAUGGGCAGGGGCAGCAGUCCAACAGGUGGCAUGGCUACAUAGAUUGGAGAAAUAGAUCGGCCAUAAAAGGCCGUCAUGAAGGCAUGAUUGCUGCCUCUUUCAUCUUAGUUGUGGAGGUCUUGGAGAACCCAGCAUACGUGGCCAAUGCAAGCAACUUGCUUCUUUAUUUGUCAAGAUUCAUGCACUUCUCUCCAUCAAGCUCAGCCAACAUUGUCACAAACUUCAUGGGCAAGGCCUUCCUCCUUGCUCUCCUUGGAGGCUUCUUAUCUGAUGCCUACUUCACCACGUAUCGCAUCUAUAUAAUAAGCGCAAUGACAGAAUUUCUGGGUUCGGUAAUACUCACAGUGCAAGCUCAAAUACCUUCACUGAAACCACCAAUAUGCCCUUUAGUUGACAGAAAAAUAACUUGCAACCAAGUUGACAGGGGGAAAGCUAUAAUGUUAUUUGCCGGCCUCUAUUUGGUGGCACUAGGUGUUGGAGGAAUUAAAGGUUCACUUCCCCCACAUGAAGCUGAGCAAUUUGAUGAGAAGACACUUCAUGGAAGGAAGCAGAAAUCGACAUUCUUCAAUUAUUAUGUGUUCAGCCUCUCCUGUGGAGCACUGACUGCAGUAACAUUUGUGGUGCGGGUAGAAGAUAACAAGGGCCGGCAGUGGGGUUUCGGGAUCUCAGCUGCAACGAUAUUGAUCUCUAUACCAAUUUUUCUCCUCGGCUCAACUACUUACAGGAUCAAAAUCCCAACAGGAAGCCCUAUUACAACUAUAUUUAAGGUUUUAGCAGCUUCAAUUUACCACUCUUGGAUCUCAAGGAAUUCUAGCAAGUUUAUUUCAAACUUUAGCACAAGCUCAUCGUAUACAACUAUGGCUAGUGAGGAUGGAGAAUAUUCUGAAGGAAAUGCAGAAAUUGAAACUUUAACAGAAGAUCUCAAGUUCCUUAACAGAGCACUAAUGACCACGGCCGGCCAGCCAUGGCUUAAGAGCACCAUAAAACAAGUAGAAGUGAAAUGUUUCAUUAAGAUACUCCCAAUUUUCAUGUCAACUAUUAUGCUCAACUGUUGCCUUGCUCAGCUUUCCACCUUUUCCACCCAACAAGUGGCCACUAUGAACACGAAAGUUGGAUCCUUUAAAAUUCCACCAGCCUCUCUCCCAAGAAUCGGAAUGGGCCUGGUUCUUUCAAUUGUGGCCAUGGUUGUUGCAGCUUUCGUAGAGAUGAAGCGAAAAAGAGUGGCAAUACAAUCUGGCCUAGUGGAUUCAACUGAACCUCUUCCAAUCACAUUCUUUUGGGUGGCUAUGCAGUACGUGCUCCUUGGUUCAGCCGAUCUGUUCAGCUUGGCAGGUAUGGUGGAUUUCUUCUUUACAGAAGCACCUAGUAGUAAGAAAUCAUUGGCAACAGCUCUCUCUUGGGCUUCAUUAGACAUGGGAUAUUACCUGAGUUCAGUGCUGGUAGCUUUAGUCAAUUGUAUAACUGGCUCAUUUCGGCACACACCAUGGCUCUAUGCCAGCAACAUCAACCAUGAUCACUUGGAGAGAUUUUACUGGUUUAUGUGCAUAUUAAGUGGAUUGAACUUGUUGCAUUAUCUCUUUUGGGCACAACGCUACAGGUAUGGAUCAUCAGGAAAUGAUAAUCAAAUUGUAAAUAACUGA